GGGCGUGGCCGGCUGUCUUGCACGCCUCAGUCAGAGUGGUGGAGUUGGUGGGGCCGGACGCGCUAACCUGCCUCCUCGUCGCCUCACUGGACCCGCGUGAGAAUAAUACACUUAAUCGCUAUCUUAUCCCCGUCUGAGUCCCCCAUCGCAUUCAUCAACCUCGAUCCAUUUUCUCUCCCUGGCCGGACGCAGACAUCAACCUGGUGGGAGCUAGGGAAGGGGCGGUGAAGUUUGCUAUUCAGUCUAGUAGUGAGGCGUAGUGUUCCUGCAGCCAGCAUGUUUUAUUUACAAAGACAAACACUUUCUUGAACGGUACAGAGCGUCGUCACGUGCGUAUCGAAGACAAGACAGUUUUGCUACGGACAAAAGAGAUGUUUAAGGCCAUUGUGUGAGGUGGUGGUGAGGUUGAGAGGGUUUGAGAAGGGUUCUAAGAGGUUGGAAAGACAAGUCAGUUUUGCUCCCUGAAGAGUUAAGAGCUAGCCCGCUUCUCUGGCGUGUGUGAGGGCGUGGCGAGGUUGAUCAAGGCUGAGUAUGCUUCGUGAGACACUGAGGGCACGGAAAGGUAAAGACAAAGGUUGAAGUGGGUACGAGAUACUGUAGAAGGGUUGACAAUGGUUAAAUGAUAUCCAGGGAGUCCGAAUUGAGUACCACUAACACACCGAGGAAAAAAAAUCUGUACCAAAUGUGGGAGGGAAGACAAAAGAGAUUAAAGAACACACAGAAACAAAAAGAAGAAGAGUAAGAAAGUUGACAACCACCACCAACAUAAUAAAGAAAUCCAGUGACAGCUGUGAAGAAAAAAACCCACCUGGAGAUGAAAAAUUAAAGAGCGAAGAAACACGUGGAUAAGACAAAGACGAAUGCAGAUUACAAUAACUCCACUAAGACACAGCGAUAUAAGGGUCAUAACUAAGUGAUUGUACCCUUACUGAGCUAACACACACCUCGCCUUUGUCCGCUAACCUCACCUCAACCUCUCAGUACCUCCAAGAACACGAAGGAGAAACAAAAACAGCAAAACCAACUCCGUAACUCAGGACACAACUUCUAGAGCUAACACACACCUCACCUUUGUCCGCUAACCUCACCUCAACCUUUCAGUACCUCCAAGAACACGAGGGAGAAACAAAAAUAGCAAAAUCAACUCCGUAACUCAGGACACAACUUUUAGAGCUUACACACACCUCUCAGGGCCUCAAACCAUGUCCCCGAUCUCUCGCUGGGUUCUGGGUGCCCUGGUGGCCUUGCUCGUGUCCCCAGGUACCCACGGCGAGGAAAACGUGUCGUGCCCUGCGGAAUGCACCUGCUCGGGUCUCACGGUCAGCUGUGGGCGGCGCGGUCUGACCCAGGUUCCUCGACAUCUCCCCACCAACGCCCAGCGAAUACGUCUCAGCCACAACCGCAUCAGCCACAUUCCCGACGACGUCUUCGCCAACAUGCCCAAACUUUACCGUCUAGACCUGAGCCACAAUCAGCUGACAGUCCUCGGUCGACGCGCGCUACACGGCGCACCCAACAUAAACAACCUGCAGCUGGACAACAAUCAGCUGACGUGCAUAGACGAAGCCGUUGUCAAAGACCUACAAUCGCUGCAAGUGUUGAGCCUCAGCCACAACAACCUCACAUGGAUCCCCCGCGGCCUGCUGGAGGGCGCGGCGGGGCUCCGUAGCGUGCGGCUCGCGGAAAACCCGCUGCGCUGCGACUGCUCCUUGUCGUGGCUGGGCAGGUGGCUGAGGCGGCACCCCACGCUGGCACUCUUCGCCAAGUGCCACUCGCCGCCACCGCUGCGAGGGAAGCCCGUGGCCGAGCUGCACGACGCAAGCUUCAUGUGUACAGGAGGGGCGCGCCGCGAGGAGGGGGGAGGCUGCCCCGCGCCGCCGCUGUGCCCGGACUCCUGCCGGUGCUCGGACGGCAUCGUGGACUGCAGGGACCGAGGCUUCACGCACGUCCCGUUGCACCUGCCCGAGGACACCACCGAACUGCGACUGGAGCAAAACCUGAUCACGGAGGUUCCACAACGAGCCUUUGCCCCCUUCAAGAGACUCAGACGCAUUGACCUGAGCAACAACCAAAUCACGGCCAUCGCAGGAGACGCCUUCCAGGGCCUCAAGUCGCUCGCCUCCCUGGUUUUGUACGGUAACAAGAUCACAGAAUUGGCAGCCGGCGUCUUCAGCGGACUAUCCUCCCUCCAGUUACUGCUUCUCAACGCAAAUCGCAUCACGUGUUUGAGGAGAGACGCAUUUUCCGACCUAAGGAGCCUCAACCUGCUGUCCCUGUACGACAACAACAUCAAGACCAUCCAGAACGGGACCUUCGACACGCUCUCCAGUAUCCAGACCCUGCACCUCGGAAGAAACCCGUUCGUGUGUGACUGUUCCAUUCAGUGGCUGUCAGAUUACCUGGAAAACAACCCGAUAGAGACGUCAGGUGCGCGAUGCGAGAGCCCGCGAUGGUUACAACGCCGCAAGCUGACCGCGCUGGCAGAGGAGAGGCUGAAGUGCACGGACGGCACGGUGUCCCUGUACGCCGGGGAGUGCGUCACGGCGGAGGAGUGUCCCCGGGGCUGUACGUGCCGGGCUACCACCGUGGACUGUACGGCCGGGGGACUGACUACCCUGCCCGACACCCUGCCGCCCUACACCACCGUGCUGCUGUUGUCGGACAAUGAGCUACGCGAGGUGGGCAGCUCGGCAUCGCUGGGCCAGCUGUCGCGCCUUCGCCGGCUGGUGCUCGCCAACAACCAGCUGCGGCGCCUCCCACCAGCUGCCUUCCAAGCGGUACCUUCGCUCCACCACCUCGACCUCUCAGACAACGACUUGGUGGAGGUAAACAACCGCAUCUUUGAAGGCCUGCCCCUGCUGCGAUCUCUAUCCCUGGCAGACAACAAGGUGACCUGCAUCUCGCCGGGCGCCUUCAGCCAGCUGCCGGCGCUGAGGGAGAUCAACCUGGAGGGCAACCCGCUUCUCUGCAACUGUCACCUGAGCUGGCUGGCGGAGUGGCUGCGGGCACACGGGGCUCCAACUGGGGUCCCAGGGUGCCACUCUCCCCCACACCUCAAGGGCACGCUCAUCACGGAGGUCCCCAGCAGCCAGUUCAUGUGUGACGGCGAGGAGGCAGGGUGUCUGGGGGUGGAGGAGCAGUGCCCCCCUGAGUGCCACUGCGAGGGGACCGUGGUGAGGUGCUCCAGGGCCAGGCUGCAGCGCAUCCCCCCCGGCAUCCCCUCACACACCACCGAGCUGUACUUGGAUGUCAACGAGAUCAUGGAGCUGGAUGCUGACCGUCUCUCCCAUCUCACGGCUCUCACCCGCCUGGACCUGAGUAACAACCAAAUUGCAGUACUUCAGAACAACACCUUUGCCAGCCUCCACCAGCUCUCCACCCUCAUCGUCAGUUACAACAAGCUACAAUGUCUGCAGAGGGACGCCCUGGCUGGCCUGCGCAAACUACGCAUUCUGUCCCUGCAUGGCAAUGACGUGUCCAUGAUCCCUGACGGAGCCUUUAGGGACCUCGUCUUCAUCACACACAUAGCCAUGGGGGCCAACCCUCUGUACUGCGACUGCUCCCUGGCCUGGUUCUCGGACUGGGUCAAGGGGGACUUUGUGGAGCCCGGCAUUGCUCGGUGUGCUGAGCCGGCCAGCAUGAGGGACAAGCUGGUGCUGACCACGCCAACGCAGGCCUUCAAGUGUAUGCCGUCAGUCCCUGAUGAGGUCCUGGCUAAGUGUGACCUGUGCUACACACACCCCUGUGAGAACGGGGCCACCUGCCGCUCAUUGGCCAACCGUAGCUACGAGUGUGACUGUGCACCUGCUUACUACGGCCCCAACUGCCAGUACAAGAUUGAUGCCUGUUAUGGCAACCCUUGCAGGAACUUUGGCACCUGCAAGAUUCUGGAGGCCGGGCGCUUCAGCUGCCACUGCCCCGCUGGCUUUGAGGGCGACCGCUGCGAAAUCAACAUUGACGACUGCAUUGAGAGCAAGUGUGAGAACAACUCCACUUGCAUUGACCUUGUGGAGCAGUACAGGUGCCAGUGCCACCCAGGGUUCACAGGCGAGUACUGUGAGCGCAAGAUUCCCUUCUGCAGCAAGGAGUUCAACCCAUGCAAGAACAGCGCCACCUGCAUCAACCACAACACCCACUAUGAGUGCCUGUGUCGCCUGGGCUUCACCGGCGACAACUGCACUGAGAACAUCGACGACUGUGCCAACCAUCUGUGUCAGAAUGGAGCGUCAUGUGUGGACGGUGUCAAUGAGUACACGUGCAAGUGUGUGAAUGACUACUCAGGCAAGUUCUGCGAGGUGGGGCCGGCCGUGUACCUCCAGACCUCGCCAUGCCAGCACAACGACUGCCAGAACGGGAUAUGCUUCGUGCCACCAAACUCUAAGGACUACGUCUGCAAGUGUUCCCCGGGAUUCUCAGGCAAGCACUGUGAGUACCUGACAAGGGUCCACUUCGGCGCCAACGACUCCUUCCUGGCCCUGGAGCCCCUCAAGACGCGGCCGUCCUCCAACGUGACACUGCACCUCCGCACCAGCCAGGAGGACGGCGUGCUGCUCUACACCGGGGACUCGGCUCACCUGGCUGUCGAGCUCUUCAAGGGGAGGAUCAGGGUCUCCUAUGAUGUGGGAAACUACCCUGUCUCCAAUAUGUUCAGCUAUGAGGUGGUGAAUGACGGGCUUUGGCACACGGUGGAGCUGCUCACCGUCAAGCAGAACUUUACUCUCCGCAUCGACCGCGGCACAGCAAGGUUCAUCGUGAACGACGGAACCAAUGAGUACCUGCAGACCACCUCACCCCUAUACAUCGGCGGCCUGCCCAGGGAGGUGGCCGAGGAGGCAGUCAAGGGCUGGCACCUCAGAGACACGGGGAGCUUCAAUGGGUGCAUGGAGCGCCUCUACCUCAACGGCCGCCUGAAGGACCUGGGCUCCGGCCAGCAGCACAAGGUGGCCCCCGGCUGUGGUGGCGAGGAGACCGUCCGGGACCAGGGACAGCAUGGGCAGCCUGGAGUGGUGGUAGCUUCAGGUGGAGAGGGACCCCAUGGGGCCCCCAAGGCAACCCAGAGGCCUGGCAGUCCAGCCAUGGAUGAUCAGGACUGCCCCACCAACAGCACAUCCAUCACCAAUGAGAUACAGGUGCACCCCCCCAUGCUGGAGGAGGUGGACGUGCCACCCGAGGAGGCAAGCCCAGGGGAGGAGGUGGCUGCCAGGGUGGACCCGUGCGAGAACCACAAGUGUCGCCGCGGCCGCUGCAAGCCGCGCCGCAAGGCAGACGGUGCCACAGACUACAAGUGUCGCUGCCGCACCGGCUGGUCCGCCUCCCCCACGUGCCGCAAGGAACAGUUCACCGAGUACUACGUCGAGAACGGCUGUCGCUCACGCCGGCCCAUCAAGAAUGCCAUCUGUAGCGGUACCUGCGGCGCCCACUGCUGCAAGCCUCGACGCACCAAGCAGCGCCAGGUUCGGCUCAUCUGCAACGACGGCACGUCCUACAAGAAAGAGAUAGAGAUCAUCCGGAAGUGUCGGUGUCGCAGGCGAUGUUACUGA